AUGUAUCUGGCAGCUGCGAUGUCAUGGCACUUUAUCACGGGCUUUUUGGUGGCUAUGUUGCUCUACAAAUCUGUCGUUGCGGUUAAAUCCAGUGGUGCCUCGGGGUCUUCUGCCAAUUGGCCAACAAUUGACAAGUCACAAGCAACUGACAUUGCCAAAAAGGACAUGGCCUUUAUUCACUCAGCGGCCUUUCCACAAUGUAGGAACGUGUCGAUUGACUAUUGGCUUUUGGUUCGCAACCAGGCUGCUGACGACAAAUCAAUCAUACCGCAUCUCGUUGAAGGAUUUCCGCACACAGCUGUCCUCAGUGACCCUACAAGGAAGGUCACGAGCAAGCAGAAUUGCAUCCACACUUGCAAAAAUCGCAUUGAUCUUUUCAAUGCAGGACUGUCAUCAGCAUUGCAGCGUCUCUCAAGGUUCGUCCCUUGCUGGGGAAAUUCUGAUUUCACCAUUUUGAAUCGAAAAGCUAUUGCGAUAAAGUCGCCUUGUGUAGGGCAAGGUUCAGCUCUCUGCGACUUAGAGGUCUUCUGUGAGUGCGAUAUCAGUCUGUUGGUUCACUAUCAGCUCAACGCGACCAAAUCAGAAAUGCGCCACCACAGAUGGAACGACUUCCAGCCUCCAAACCCCAGUUCUCAAUGCGAUUUGUCAACUUUUGCGCAGAAACUUGGCGGAGCAAUGGAGGAACAACAAGGGCCGAACCGUAAGAACACCAUUGCUUUGCCAUUCCGUGAAUGGCGUUUUCGACCCGAUAGACUUACUGUGUUGAACCUUGUUACCUGUCCAAGUGAAUCGGAAAAGAGCCGUGGGAAACCACCUGCAGAACCCACAGCCAUUGCAGAGGCUGAUGCGCAUGGUGAGCCAAAAAGGAAAAGGAUUAAGAAAGAUCCUGUCAAAGAAAUCUGUUACUGUCGAAGCGUCGAUGGCAAGCCCACUCCCUCGAGUGAUUGUGGCCAUACUGAGCUGGUCUGUCGAGUGACGAGCUACGCAGAGAUCAUUCAGGAGAUGAAAGAUCACAGAAUCGAUUUGCAAUUGCUAGCCAUCUACCUGGAACAAUACCCCGGGUUGGCCAACAACUUUCAGCCAAUCUCGAGAACUGAUAUGGAGGCAGAUCAGCUCAAUCAGGAAAUCUUGCAACCAUCACUCCCUGACCUGAAUCUUCCUGCACGCGGGUCCCCAGAUUAUGACGAGCUCUGACACUUGCAAGCUUUUGAAAACAAUCGUUCAUAAAUAUUGUCGUCUGGCUAUGCGCAUGAUCAACCUCAUUUUAGAUUAUCG